AUGAUGCGCGCUGCAAGAUACUACGGCAAGGAGGACAUCAGGAUCGAGCAGAUCCCCGAAGCGUCCACCGGCCCCAACGAGAUCAAGGUCGCACCCGCCUUCGUCGGCAUCUGCGGCACCGACCUGCACGAAUACCUCAGCGGGCCGACCUUCGCCCCCGUCGAGCCGCACCCGCUGACCAAGGACGCCAUCCCCAUCACCCUCGGCCACGAGUUCUCGGGCGUGAUCCGCGAGAUCGGGGCCGCCGUGCCGCCCGCGCACGAAGCCGGCGGCCGGACGACGUUCCGCGUGGGGCAAAAGGUCGUCGUGCAGCCGACCGUCUACUGCGGCGCCUGCGGCGCCUGCCGCAACGGCGUCGAGAACGCGUGCCACAGCGGCGGCUUCGUCGGCCUGUCGGGCGGCGGCGGCGGGCUCAGCGACGCCGUCGUCGUGCCCAACGGCGCCGUCCUGCCCCUGCCCGACGGCGUCCCGCUCGACGUCGGCGCCCUCGUCGAGCCGCUGAGCGUCGCGUGGCACGCGACCGAGGCGGCCGGGGGGAACCUGACCGAGGAUAGCACCGCGUUGGUGCUCGGUGGCGGGCCCAUCGGGUUGGCCGUCGUGCAGUGUUUGGCGGCGAAGAAUGUCAAGAAGAUCAUCAUGAGCGAGAUCGCCGCGCAGAGGCAGAAGUUCGCGCGGGAGUUCGGGGCCCAUCACGUCUUGGAUCCGAAGACGUAUGACCUGGCGACCAUAAGUAGACAGCUGAGCGGUGGCGACGGACCGGAUGUGGUUUUUGACUGUGCCGGUGUGCCUUCGAGCCUCAUGACCGCAUGUGCGGCCGUGAAGGCUCGCGGGACCGUCGUAAAUGUUGCCAUCUGGCAGAAGGAGGUCCCGUUCCAGCCCAACAUGCUCACCUUCAAGGAAGCCAGUUACACGGCUGUGCUUGGAUACCAGCGGAAGGACUUUGAAGCUGUGAUUGAGAAUCUCGCGAAUGGUCACUUGAAACCUCGCCGUAUGAUCACGGGGUGCAUCCAGCUUGAAGACCUGAUUGAAAAGGGCUUCAUGCCACUCAUCAACGAGAAGGAAAAGAAUGUCAAGAUCCUCGUAGAAAUAGCACCGCAGUUGGAAAAGGUGGAUUCGCUGACUGCUUGA